AUGGCGAUUGAACUAGAGAAAUCGCUCUUCGGGCAUUGCAUCUUUGCCUUCGUUCUUAAUAAGGACCUGCCCGAAAGCCAGGCUCAGCUGCUUCAAUCAACGCUAGAGGCGCAUGGCGGAACGGUCAUCCGCUUCGGCGAGGACGUAGAUCUCCGCGUCGUAACGCAUAUCAUUUCACAGACCAGCGACUUCCCAGAAUACAAUCAAGCGCGACUCCAAAUGAUCCCAGUGGUAAAACCGACGUGGGUCAUGCAGUCGAUUCUGAAGCAGAAGGAAGCCAGCAUACGACCGUACACCCCGGAUCCAAAGCUGAUCUUCUCUGAUGUCAACCUGAGCUGUGCUGAUAUCCCUAUUGGCGACAAGGAUGCGAUCAUCGGCGCGGUCCUUGCAAUGGGUGGAAUGGAGAGCAGCAGUUUAAUGAAGGUCACAACACAUAUCUGCGCUCUCACUAUCGACCAUCCAAAGUGCCAGCAAGCAUUGGAAAAGAACCUUAAAUGCAAGAUUGUCCUGCCUCAUUGGUUCGACGACUGUUUGAAACUUGGCAAACGUAUCGAUGAGAAACCAUAUCUGCUCCCGAACCCAGAGAUAUUCCGAGUCAACCCAGAGGCCAACCUCCCGUUCCCGACGAAUGAGGAUAUCAUAGGCGCCUCAUCGCCACAUCCUGUCAACUUGCCGCUGCCAACCGAUUCGCCUGUUCGUCGAUUGACCGUGUUCCGGAAGAGAAAGGUUAUGGUAUCCCAGGACCUUCAGCUUUCGAGUCGAACUAGGAAAGUCAUCGAGGAUCUUAUUGAAGGUGGCGGUGGUUCGAUGACAACCUCGGUCCACAAUGCCGACAUAUAUGUCUGUCACUGGCGAGAGGGUAGAGACUAUGUCUUUGCCUCUCGUGCGGGUAUCGAGGUUGGAAAUUUGUCUUGGCUUUACCAUUUGAUUACCAAUAACGAAUGGACAUCCCCAAUGCGAAGACUUUUGCACUAUCCGCUGCCAAAGGAGGCUAUUUCAGGUUUCCGAGACCUGCGCAUAACCCUGUCAAAUUACGGAGGGGAAGCUCGCACUUAUCUCGAGAACCUGAUCACUGCUGCUGGCGCUGAAUUUACGAAGAGCAUGAAGCCGGACAACACUCACCUUAUCACCGCACGAAAGAAUAGUGAAAAGUGCCAAGCAGCUGAAGAGUGGAAUAUCGAGAUGGUAAAUCACCUCUGGAUCGAGGAAAGCUAUGCGAAGUGUGAGGUGCAAAAGAUCAGCGAUCCUCGAUACACAACUUUCCCUCCACGCACAAAUCUUGGCGAGAUUAUUGGCCAGACGCAAUUUGACCCCAAAGUGCUCCAGACGAAGUAUUUCUCAAGAGAUCCUACCCCGAGUCCCGGUGAUCCAAAACCCCUGAAACGGCCAGUUAUGCACGAGAAAGACCGAAAUGCGAGCUCUCGAAAGUCAAAUGGUGAUGUUGCAAUGGGCGGGCGGGACGCGGAGGCUGAGAAAGUUGUAGAGAAGAAGAAGGCUGGUCGGCGGGCUAGUUCUCGAUCCUCUCUUGGACAAGUCACAACACCUGCGCCAAAUCGUCGAAUCAGUGCUGGCAAGGAGAACGAUACGCCCUCUUCAACUGGCAGUCGGAGUGCAAAAGAGAAAGCAGUCUCUCGGCUUCAUGGUCUGGCUCCUGACAUUGCUCUCUACGAAAAGGAGAAGAAACGCAAGGGGCCCAUCUGGGGAGGAGAGCGAGCUGCGAACAAGGUUGAUAAGGAGAGGUCAGCUGAACGCAGUUCUAGCCCAGCACAGAAGCAUGAAGAGGAAGCAGAAUUCUCCGAUGAAGAAGGUCACAAUCCAAAACGUCAGCGUGUUGGUCCUCCACCUGUCGAAAUGCGUCUUCUCGUUACUGGCUAUAAAGGAUGGCUCGGCAACGCUCUUAAGGAAGACUCUGAUAAGAAAAAGAUGAGAGAGCUCGGCGUCCUGGUUACGCAAGAACCCAAGCUUUGUACCCAUCUCGCAGCCCCGAACUUGGUCAGGACAAAGAAAUUCUUGUGUGCUCUUGCCAGCGGGCCUAUCGUCAUUUCCACAGAUUUUAUCGACACCUGUGCUAAGCAUAAGAAAGGUGAUUUUCCCAAGGCGGGAGACUUCGUCCUCAAGGACGAUGCCAAAGAAAAGGAAUUCGGAGUCAAAUUGAAGGAUGUUGUUGCUCGAGCCAAAGCUAACAAACGUUGUCUUCUUCGGCGUGUCCCGAUAUACGUUACGAAGGAUAUUCCAAAUGGUGCAGACACGUACAAGGAGAUCAUCGAGGCAAACGGAGGUACAUUCGGUAUUUACACUGGCAAGCCUACCAUCAAGAAAGUAAACCCAGAAGAUGACGAAGGUCCUGCUGAGCCUGUCUAUCUGAUCAGCGGUCAGAGACCAGACGAGAAGAAGCUUUGGCCAAAGUUCGUAACUGAGGCGAGAGAGGGUAAUAUGGUCCCUAGAAUCGUGGAUCAGGAGUGGUUGUUGGAUGUUGCUUUGUCGCAGCAACAAAAGUGGAAUGACAGAUACCUGGUUGAGAAGAAGUAG